CACGCUUUUUCCUGUCCCUCCCCCACCCAUCCACCUCAUUGAACAUCCAUGGAUUCAGAAGCAGAACAGGCGUUUCAGCUGUUCGACGUUGCCGGAAAGGGCUUCAUUGACCUGGAAGAUCUCAGACGUUCUUGCGCGCAGCUCGGCGAGGAUUUAACGGCUGAACAACUCGAGUCAAUGCUUGAACUCGCCGGUUCCAACGGACGCGUGUCGCGUGAAGAAUUUGAAAAGCUGUGGGAACACAUCGGGUAA